AUGAAGCUAGUUUCAUAUGAUGGUAGAAUACUAAUUGAUGAAAAACAAAAUAAGUCAUUCGAAAACUAUAGUCGUCCUGAUAUUGAUAGAAUUGAAUUAAGGGGUCUUUUGUUGAAAUGUAUCGAUCCUAAGCACAUCAAUUGGAAUAAGAAGUUAAAAAGUGUAGAUGCUGUGGUUGAUACGUACAAUUUGAACUUCUCUGAUGGCACUGUUGAAGAUGGUUACGACAUGGUAAUAGGGGCUGAUGUUGCGUGGUCUAAGGCUAAGCCAUUAGCAACUGAUAUCAAACCACAUUAUUCUUCUUAUAGAACUAUCUCGGAACCAUGUAACUAG